AAUUAUUUUAUUAGUCAGGAAAGCCAAUACAAGGAAAAAUUGCUGGUUGAGAUGCAGCAAAAUGGAGAAAAUCUGCCUUUGUUCAGCAAGUUGCGAGAGGAAAAUAACGUUUUAAAGUCCUUUAUCGAGGGCUAUAAAUUAGGUCAGGAGAGAGGAAAAUUGACCGUCCCGGACCAAUCGUUAAAAGAAAGGGCUGACAUUUUACAGAAUGUUCGGGACGGGAACGAAACCGAAAAAAUUAUUGGCAAAAUAAUCUAUGCCGUUAAAGACGAGGAUAAAUGA